AUGGCCACCGCAGCUUUUGCGCCACCGCACCACGGCCGCCGCCGUUGCUCGCAGUCAAAUUUCACGUCACAUCGAAUAUCGGAAACAUGCUUUUUCAGCGGGAAUCGAGCUCCGCCCACAUUUUUUCGGGCCACAAUCGGGCCUAUGAAAACCGCUCACGGCCUGCUGACCAACUGUUCCCCGUCCCCUUCAUCCGCUUCGCCGGAAGUCAGUGCUCCCACGGCGGAGUCAUGUAUCAACUUGGGUCUUUCUCUUUUCGCCAAAGGACGGGUCAGAGAUGCACUUGCACAGUUUGAUACUGCUCUUACUUUGGAUCCCAACCCUUUGGAGGCUCAAGCUGCUCUUUAUAACAAAGCCUGUUGUCAUGCGUAUAGGGUGGAAGGAAAGAAAGCUGCUGACUGUUUACGUACAGCUUUGAGAGAAUAUGGUCUCAAGUUUGGCACCAUUCUGAAUGAUCCCGAUUUGGCCUCAUUUAGAGCGACACCCGAGUUCAAAGAGUUGCAAGAAGAGGCUGUAUUGGGUGGAGAAGACAUAGGAUCUAGCUUCCGGAGAGAUCUUAAACUGAUUAGUGAGGUCCAAGCGCCUUUUCGUGGGAUUCGAAGAUUUUUCUAUGUCGCAUUCACAGCUGCUGCUGGAAUUUCGUUAUUAUUCACUAUUCCUAGGCUGCUUCGUGCGAUCCAAGGUGGAGACGGUGCUCCCGACCUAUUGGAAACUGCGGGAAAUGCAGGAAUCAAUAUUGGAGGUAUUGUUGUUCUCGUGGCUUUGUUCUUUUGGGACAACAAGAAAGAAGAGGAACAGCUAACUCAAAUUAUAAGGAAUGAAACUUUAUCUCGGCUCCCUUUACGCCUUUCGACUAACAGGAUUGUGGAGCUUGUGCAGUUAAGGGACACAGCAAGGCCUGUUAUUCUGGCUGGGGACAAAGAGACAGUAGCUUCGGCCAUGCGCAAAGCAGAGAGGUUUCGAACGGAGCUUGUAAAAAGAGGAGUGAUUUUGAUUUCCGUCGUGUGGGGAGAAGGCAGAGAAUCACAAGUUGAGAAGAAAGGCUUCGGGCUUUCUCGAAAGGCAGCCGUAUCACUUCCAUCUAUAGGGGAAGAUUUUGAUAAUCGUGCACAAUCAAUAGUUGCAAAAUCGAAAGUCAAGGCGGAAAUUCGAUUUCGUGCAGAGGUGGUAUCCCCCGUUGAAUGGGAAAGGUGGAUCAAAGAUCAACAGAAGUCCGAAGGCAUAACUCCGGGUGAGGAUGUGUACAUAAUUCUCCGUUUGGAUGGCCGUGUUCGGAAAUCAGGACGGGGAAUGCCUGAUUGGUUAGAAAUUGUGAAGGAGAUUCCUCCAAUGGAAGCAUUUUUGAGCAAGUUAGAAAGAUAG